AUGAUUAGCAACAAAGAAACACAAAUUGUCAUCUUGAUUAUCAUCACCUUCUUUUUCUACACAUCUUAUGCAACUCUCAGCUACAAUGUGAAGAGUUUCGGAGCAAAAUCGAACGGAAAAUCCGACUGCACAAAGGCUUUCCUUACUGCGUGGAGUGCCGCCUGCGCCGCCACAAAACCGGCAACAAUUUACGUUCCGGGGGGACGAUAUCUUCUGCGAAAUGUAGUAUUUUCCGGCAAGUUGUGCAAGAACAAGGAAAUCACUAUUCGGAUAGAUGGCACUCUUGUAGCUCCGAAUAACUAUAGCGUGAUAGGGAAUUCCGGCACGUGGUUGAAGUUCGAGAAGGUCACCGGAGUUUCCAUAUACGGAGGAACCCUAGGCGGUAAAGGGGCAGUGCUAUGGGCUUGCAAGAACUCCGGCCAGAAUUGCCCCAAGGGAGCAACGGUUAGUUGA